AUGUUCAGACAACAGACAACCAGGAGACAGAGUCUCUUUCCCAACUGUAAACUAGCAUCCUCAGAGUCGACAGAUGACGUCCUUCCAUUUGCCAAAGAGUGCUCGCUGAAACAGUGGAGUUCCUUAAGUGAACUACAGAACGACAUUUACGAAUUUUUUUCAGACGACGACGGCGAGGAGGUGGUGAAACAUUGCGAGCCAUCGUUGUGGUUCGUGUCGCUCAACAGGAACCACGCGCUCAACCUGAACGUUGGAGGAAAGUCCUUCCGCAUCACCUACGAAAUGGCAGCCAGGUACCCGCAGACUCGAAUCGGCCUUCUGGCCACCUCCACGGACCUCAGCUCGAAGCUGGACCUCUGCGACGACUACGUGUUGAAGGACAACGAGUUCUUCUUCGACCGAGAUCCGGACGUGUUCAACAGCAUCUUCAACUUCUACCGGACGGGGCUGCUGCGGAUCAAAGACGAGCUCUGUCCCCGCCACUUCCUGGAGGAGAUUAAUUACUGGGGCGUGCGGUUGAAAUACACGCAGCGCUGCUGCCGGAUCCUGCUGGAGGAGAAACACGACGAGCUACGGGAGACGCUGAAAGUUCAGGAGGAGCUGGAGGCGGAGGUGAAAAUCGAGGAAAACGAGGAGGCCUCCCGGGGAAUGUUCUCCGGGAAGAGACGAUGGGCGCUGUGGAACCUGAUGGAGAACCCUUUCUCCUCCGUGCCGGCUAAACUCAUGGCGGUGGCGUCGAGUUUGUUCGUGAUGGUGUCGCUGGUCACCAUGACUCUGAGCACGGUGGACGAGAUGGAGAACAUAUUGUCCAUUAACCGAUUCAGCGGAAAGACGUACGGGGAGUUAAUUGAAACGUUGUGUAUAACUUUCUUCACCGUGGAGUAUCUGCUGCGUCUGGUGUCCACGCCUGACCUCAGACGCUUUGGUAAGAGCACGCUCAACGCCGUGGACCUCAUAGCCAUCCUGCCGCAGUUUCUGCAAAUUGUCAUCGAGAGCUGUGAGACAGGCGGUUCUGCUAAACAUAACCCCGACAUGGAGACGGUGGGACAGGUGAGCAAAGUGGGACAAGUGCUGCGUGUCAUGCGGCUCAUGCGCAUUUUCCGAAUUCUGAAACUGGCGCGUCACUCCACAGGCAUGAGAGCGUUCGGCUUUACGUUGAGGCGGUGUUAUCAACAGGUGGGAUGUCUCUUUCUCUUCAUCGCCAUGGGAAUCAUUACGUUCUCCGCUGUGGUUUACAGCAUGGAGCAUGACGUCCCUCACACCAAGUUCACUAGCAUUCCUGCAUCCUGGUGGUGGGCAUCUGUCAGCAUCUCUACUGUAGGCUACGGUGACAUGUACCCCGAAACGCUUCUGGGACGAAUAUUUGCCUUCGGCUGCAUUUCCUUCGGGAUCAUUUUGAACGGGCUUCCCAUCUCGAUCCUCUUCAAUAAAUUCUCGGAUUACUACGCCAAACUGAAAUCUCACGAGUACACGUUUAACAUGAAGAAUCGAGGGAAGGUUAACUUCUUUCAGAGAGCAAAGGAGAAAUUCAACUGUGGCGGCAUUGAAGAGGUUUCAUAG